ACCGCUCGUUGCAUGCCUCUCGGGUAUAUGCUACCUUGACAUCCGAUAUACCUCCCCAGCGCAAAGUAGAGCAAAUUCUGUCGGUGUAUCUUUGUGUAGUCUACAGUCCGCGUUGUUGUUACAUUGCGUGGGGUAUAAUUCAUUACAUCGUGGUUCUCAAGAGACUGAGUUGUGUGUGGAGGAAGUGAUGUGGAACAUACCACCACGCUUAGAGGAUCCACGAAACUACACAGUCGAGUGUUAUGGAACAGGCUUUCAGAACGCACCCGUUCCUCUGCCAUGAGUUUACAUGAACCUACAAAUGUCAACGGAAGAGGAUCCAACGUCGUGUAAUGUGUGCAGAUCCAUAGAAAUUGCUAUUGUGGGAAACAUUUCAGAACCAAAUAUCUUUCCACUACACAUCGACAUUGAAAUAUUUGGAUUGGAGGAAAUAGAUGGGAAGAAACAAAAGUUUAAAAAGGUUCCGCAGAAGGAAGUGAAGAGAAAGAAGAAGAGGACACUGGACAACCUGUUAAGAAACGUAUCAGCUCUCCAGAACACUGAUGGUGGAGCAAUAUUGGUACAUUUUAUAGGACAUGACCCUUGCGACAGAUAUCUGGGACAUUUCGAUGAACUUGUAACAUCACGCCUCACUGAACUGAUUGGGGAUAAUUGUUUGUAUGUAGACGCAUACACACGUGACUGGAUCAGUGAUUGGAUACCACCUUCAGAUGAAGGCAAACAUUUUCUUCUUUUAACAGUGGGCAAAACAAAGGGUGUUUCAACUGUGGAUUUUAAUACAAAGGUAUCAACCGAUUGUGAAAAUACAAAUCUUUCUGCGUUAACCUUUUACGAAAUAUUGUCCAAAAACACCUCCAAAUGCCAUUCACCUCAAAGCACAAAUAUCAAUGACUUAUCGUCCCUUCAAGAAAGCAGAAGCAUUGAACUAAAGGCUCUUGUAGCAGACAAAGUUGAAGAAUUUGGAACUGACAUUUCAAAGCUUGUUGGGUACAUUUGGCAUGACCUUAAACUAGGUGUCAAUAUUACUUCAAUGUCCAAAGUUGUUGGAGGGGGGAAAGUAUUCAUUGGUAUUGAGGAAACCUAUGAGCAUGUCAAAUACCAUUCUCUGGAUAGUAAUGGCAUGUUAUACAAAGUCAAGGUUCCAAAACAUAUUGGAUUUGAGCUGAAGGUUAAGGAAACAGAUCUUCAGAAGGGUAUUUUUGAAAAAUAUCAGUCAGAUGUAUCUGUGAUGUACAAAGAUGGUACAUUCUGCAAUGAUGUGUCACAUUUAGACAUCAUUGAUGUCAAGUUUCAUGACGUUCCAGACACAACUCCGCCAAAACAUGUGUUAGAAGUUGUGGUGAACUUUUUUGAGGGUGUCGUCUUCUAUGACAAGAAGGGUCCUCGAGCUUACAAAGUAAAUGGCAACAGAAUUGAGCGGAUGGUUUGUGAGGAAUGGGUGGAAAGGCUAAGGAGCUUUUUCACGAGUUUUAAAUAGCAUGGUUUUCUAUAUUCACAUUCCAUUGGGCAAUGGACUUUUGAUGCAGUGAUCAUUCAGUUUUUUGUGUUACACCAACAGAUUGUUCGAAUGACUAGAGAUAAUGAAUACCUUGCUAUUUAGAGAUAUGUCAACAUUUACAUAAACAUUUUUCUGUUGUGUAUUGCACUGCUGGGAUUGUGUGUGUUUUACUUGGACAAACAUUUGGACUACCAAGUCAAAUAUGUCAUCAGAUACAUCGUCGUCGACGUCCUCAGAUGAGGAAUCCAUGUCAUCAGAUUCAUAUGUAUCGUCUGCUUAUCAGUCGGAUGAGGACAUGUACCCUGGCUGCAUGGCAAUACGUGUUGAGGCAAACGCCUUACAGCUUAAACAUCACACAGAAAGAGAUACCCAUCAGCAGUUUAGACUGACAGAAGAUGAAACGAUGAAAAUGACAAGCGAUGAACUGAAAGGGAUGCACAUUUAUCCACAAGGAUUUCGAGAGUUCAUCGCGUCGUCUCACAAACAUGUGGAGGAGGGCUUAGUCAAACUGUUGGGUGAUAGCAAUGCGGUUGUAUAUGGAAGCUCAUGUGUGUUAGAUCUGCUUAGAACAAGCCUGGUACCGCCACCAUCCUUACUCUUUGAUGUCUGUAUAUUCAGGCCGUCACAACCACUGCUGUUACUGUCCGUGUCCUCUGAAAACGACUUCAAAAACAUGUUAUAUAACUCUGCUCUAGCUCGUAAAGUGAAGACGUUCAUGCGAAGAGAGGUAAAACCUAACUUUAGCCUCGUGCACGGUGUGGUGGAGAAAGCUGAUUUCCAUUGUGAGGAUUCCUUGAGGUCACAAGUGACAUCCUUUACAACACAGGCGAUGCAAAUGUCUCUUCCCCAUUCACUCUUUAUGAACCUUGCUCUGUGUAAAAUGAUCAUGAAGAACUUUAUAAUUCAUGUUCAAAAUAAUACCAUUGAACGUUCAGAGGUAACGGAACUUGUACAACCAAAUCACCCACCAAUACAGGACGCUAAACCCUUGGGCAUCAGCGAAGUGAAUUUACAAAAGGGCAUGCAAUGCAAAGAGCAGCUGCAAAUGAAGCAGCCAUGGCCGAAACAGACAAAACCAUCGGGACACGAUGUGGAAGAAAAGCAGUUUAGCCGGCAAGAUAUAGGAGAACUCGUAGACAUAGUGUGCCACAUCGGAGUCUUGGAAAGGAAAACAGAGGGUUAUGGGAAAUCAUUGCCGCUUUCUGAAGAACAAGAAACAACGACUGAUCAACUUAUAUCACCGACGUACCUGAGGCCUCUGCAUCUCCAUGAGACCACGAGACAUAAACAUAUAUUUGGUUUGGCAGAGGAUGCGUCGGUUAGCUCGUGUGGCAACAGGAUUUUGAUGUUGUACGGCGAGGAUUACUCACCGCCCACAGACGGAGGCACGAGGCUGCAAAAACUCAGAACUGUUUUAUCACAGAUAGAUUGGAUUGUCCUCUGGAGACCUCUUAGACGCCUGAUGGUGAACACCAAGAAGGAAAUUACCUAUCUACAAACUAAGAUGGAAUACUUACAUCAAUUGUUACCAGACAACACCUCACUGAAGCAGAGCAGCAAGAAUAAAGUUCCAGGAACAAUUAUACCUGUGGAUGCUGCUGAAAACCAACAAAUCGCUGUGCAUCGUAUAAAUGAAGACAAGUGUCGUUUCACGACAAGAAGUCAAGUCCAUCAGCUGAGGCGGUUUCAACAGGGAGUACUGAGACAGACACACAUGCUGGAAAUACUACGAAAUGGAAUCGAAGAUGAUUCUGGCAGGCGCACCAGUCUGCACAAACAUGAGGCUGAACUUGAAAAAGAUUAUGGCUGUGUUCACAUCUUGGGAGAGGUCGGUUCACUGCGAGCUUACCAUGUUGUGUGUCCUCCAUUACACUUUGACACAGAUGUGGUAAAUGCAAGGUAUUGUGAUGUGACACGCGGCUGGGAGCUGGUGAACAUGUCGCCCAUCAACACUUGUGACCAUGUAGAUACCACCAGACUACAGAACUACUGUGGUACCAGAAGCUCAACAGUCAUCCCUCUCCACCCAUCCCCAGCCGACCCCGCCUCCAUCCUUCCCGGAGCUCGGUACUGGGAGAGUCACACAAGGGUGACACCAAGAAAGCAUAUUGGUGCCUGGCUCACUCUCCUGGAGGUUGGUGUUUGUGAAGAGUCCCAAAUGGACAGAGGUGUGUGGCUGUACUCGAGCUCACGACCCCGGUCAUGGAGUGUUCGUAUAGGGGGCUGCUCAAGUCAUCGUUCUUCAAUCUGCACCUUUGUGUAUGAUGGAGAGCAAAAUGUCCAUCAUUCCUCUGACACAAUGAGUAAUACACCAGGCAUCUCAGACUACAUAUCUUACGGCGUUGUGGUGGAUGUGGUGAAGGGCAGGCUUGCCUUCCUGGAUCUGAAAAGGGAGGCUAUUCUGUCUACGAUCAAUGUAGAGUUUGGAGAAGCACUCUGUCCAGCAUUUGGUGUUGGGCCCUGGACAAACGAGUACAAUGUCAGAAUGAAACUUAUCAGUGGGAAAAGCAUUGAACUCACGGACAGCAAGAAAUCUCUCAUACACAAAGUAUUAUCCUGAACAAAAAGAGGAAUCACAGUUUGAAAACUGAAAAGUGUUUCAGAGGAAUUAUAAUAAUACUUGGCCACUUGUAUACAACUGAACUACACGCCCAGGGAGUAUACAACUUGAUGGUCAUUAUUAACCCGGAUAACCCAAGAUGCCCGGGAGGCGCUGUAAGGUUAAUAGUCACGUCACUUAUCCCACCGAUUUUAUGUUUUGAAAGCAAACAAUGAAUGGACCUUACUUUCACUUCACCCCAUCCGGUUUGUAUUUUAGAAUUUCUGUGUAUUCCUUUUCGUGUCAACGUCACAAAAAAAAACAACGGAAAAAAGUACUUAUCCAACCAUCUCUGAAGUGGUUGGCCUCGUUCCAGAAGCGAUCGUACUACCACGACUGCCAUAGUUCGAUGUUAAAGUAUUGUAAAGAACAUCCUAGCAGCGUGGUCGCUUUGUGGAACAGCAAGGACCUGCUCCUUAUCUAGGGUGUGGCUGAGCGGGUGCCACCUCUGACUUUGUAUGCUGGCGGUUAGGUGAAUACCUCUGAGGGUGUGUGUUCGAAUCCCGGAAGAGACAUAUGUUACUUAAUUAAUUACUCCACAGCAGCUGUCAGUGGUUGGUUGGUAAUGUAUAAUGCUGCAUUCAGCAAUAUUCCAGCUAUAUGGUGGCGGUCUGUAUAUAAUCGAGUAUGGACCAGACAAU